AUGAGGAACCUCGCUCCCCAACUCAUCUACCUCUGGUUAUGCUUCUCCAUUGCGAACCAUGCAGAGAAGCAGCGCCCCGAUGCCAAGAUCGUCUCCCACCAUGGGAAUGUGAAGGACUCCGAGUUCGGCCUGGAGUUCGUGUCCAAAUUUGACAUCGUCGUGAACGCCCUGGACAAUCUCGAAGCACGUCGCCACGCCCUUCGGCUUACCGGUGGUGAACCGGCUGUGUCUCGCCGCAGACAAGCCGCUCCUAGAAGCGGGAAGUACUGGCCACUUGGGACAGGCGAGGAGCUGGGUGUGGGCAAAGACGGCACGAAGAAGCGUGCCCUCACAGAACACCUGCGGGAGCGGCUUCCUGGCGUCAGGGACUUGACAGUGACGCCGCUGCCCAACAGGGGCUUGCAGCAGAUCCUGAACGUCCUAAAGCAGGGGCCCCACUACGAGGUCCUGGGCAUCUCUUACUUUGGGAACGAUUUGAGUCGAGGGCUCACGAGGCACCUGGAGGAAAGCUUGGAAGAGCUGGUGGAGGUGGCAGGCCACAAGGCAGACUGUGUGGUUUUCUUCGUCGGUGGCUACGCGAAGAAGUAUACGGGACUGAACCUGGAUGCGCGCUACGAUCAGGGCUUGUCCAAGAUCAGGAAGCGACUGCGACGCGCUGGCUACUUGGUUACUGACGGACGAAGCGAGGUGGAGAUGUGGCCGCUGGCGCGCGAUGGCAUUCACUGGGACGCCAGCGCCAGGGAGGAGGUGUGUGACUUCUGGGCAUACCUGCUCACCUCGGCGAGGCGCAACCAGUGCAAUUGGACCGACAGCGCGAUUCGUUUGGCAACUGCAGCAGAAGCAGCUGGCACAGCGGCGGCGAUGUGGCGGAGCCUCGCUCACGAGGCGAUUGGAGCAACAGCACCAGCAAAUGGCGCAGCGGUGGCGACGUGGCUUACUUCAGCCAUGUGCGAGGAAGGGUUGCAAAAGAGGAAUCACUAG